GCGGAUCGAAGAAAUCGUAAACAAGCAUUGCUGCGCUUACAACUUUGAAGUGGUUCGAAAAAUUUUCCGAUCGUUUUGCCGGGAACGUCAAAUUUUUUUUAUCAAAACAAAUAGUUAAUAAAUACUAAAAUAAGAAAGGUUAUUUUAAUUAAAGUUUAAAGUGAAUUUUAGUUACUAAAACAAUGAUUUCAAAAAUAUGAUAGAAUUUGGUUUAUUGUAUAUAGAUACGUGUUUUCGAUUAAUUUUAUAAUGGACCAGGUUUACAUCAGAAGACGACGACAAAUUGGUUAAAAAAUUAUAUAUUAACAGAAUAACUUCGGUAACUAUGGAAAAAAUAGUAGUUAAAACGGAGGUACAACCAAAUGGAGAUAUACUGCUCUUUUACGUCGAUGAAAAUGAAGAAACUGAUCUCCGAGGUUUGGAAAAUGAAGUUCAAAAUAAUGUACAAUUAUUGCCAGAUACUAAGUACAUCAUUGAAGAAGACCUAGGUGAAGGGGAGUCAGCUGAGGAACUGGAUAUAGCUCAGGCAACAGAACAUGUUUCCAAUGAUAUUUGGUUAGAAGAUGAAAUAAAACGACUCAUAGUUUUCUAUCUUGAUAAUAAAGAAACAUUUCUUAGUGGAGCUACAAAGAAAACACAUUUAUGGGCUGUUGCGUGUAAAACAAUGCUGGCUGGUAAGACUCCGAUAUUAUGUGAAGUAAAAUUAAGAGAAUUAAAAAAAAAUUAUGUUCAAGUGUGCCUCGAAAAUCAGAACGGAGGUACCAUAAUUUGGAAUUAUUACAAUUUGUGUAAUCAGGCAUUUCACGAUGACAACUUUGUUAAAAUGUGCCUUAGUGAAAAUAGUAGCGAUAAUCAAAUUACUGUGAAUAUGCCAGUUAAAAAUGUUGUCAACCAAGAUGGUAUAUUAGUUGUUAAAAAAGUCAACAGUUGUCAAAACAAAGAUGAGCAAGUUGAAGCAAUGCUCAAUUCAUACAUCAAACACAAGACUUUCUUUCAGAAACAGUAUAAUACACAGAGGGGCUUAUGGGAGGCUAUUGCUAUGGAUUUUGGAGAAGAGGAUGUUGAUUAUUGGCACAAACGUUUCUUAAACUUCAAGCAACACUAUAUAAGGAUGAUCUACAAACGUAAGGAAAGUGGAGCUGAAAGUAUUAAUUGGCCAUAUAUGAAAUACUUUGAUCAAAUAUUUGGUGAUGACGAAGAUUUCUCACGUAAAUAUUUAUACAGUGAAGAAAAUGACACUAAAGUCUCUAUAAUGAUUGAAAAUGAUCCAAAUUCCUGGAAUGAUAUUGAAAUAACAUUUUUGGUUAAGUAUUAUUUCGAUUGUUUCAAUGAAUUCCACGAUCCGAGCAUACCAAAUAAUUUUUUAUGGCAAGAAGUUGGUAGAUUAAUAGAUAAGACACCGGAAAAUUGUGAGAAAAAAUUUGAAGAUCUUAAGAAUGAACAUUUCGGUAAACUCAUAGAAGGUGACUAUGAUUUAGCAAAUCGGAUACCGUUAGCAAUUUUGUUUGAUAACAUAAUAGCUAAAGAAGUAGAAAUGGAAGUUAAUAACCCCGAAAAAGAUGGUCCUGAUCUAUGGAAGACCGAACAAAUUGAUGAAUUAGUGCAGUAUUUGUAUGAAAAUAUAGAUAUGUUAAAAGAUCCUGUGUGUUAUUAUGUUAGUUGGGCAUCCCUUGCGAGGAAAUUGAAAAGAAGCGUAACGUCUUGUCGGAAACAAUGGAACGAUCUGACUACACUUUAUAAGAACAUUUUAGAUGAUAAAAAAGAAAAUCCUGAUAUGCAAAUAGACUGGAGGUAUAUUGACUUAUUUGAUAGAAUAUUUGAUUAUGGUAUGGAUAGCAAUCUACUGGACGGUUAUGAGAAAUUGAAAGAACUCGGGCAAGUAAAUAAAUCUAAUAAAGUGGGAGUUAAAAAGGUCACCAUCAAAGAUAAUGAUGAUAAAUUCCUUGAAAAUGGAACAGAUGACGAGGAACUUUACGACGAAAGAGGUUUUACAAAGCGUUCCAAAAAACGCAACGGAGACGCAAAAGCUUUCAAAAUACUAGAAUUCUAUUUAAAAAAUAAAGAUAAAUUUGCAUCAUCACAGCAGAAGAAAUUGGCACUAUGGGAAAUCUUGGCACGACAAAUAGGCAUUACAGCAACGGAAUGCGCUCACAGAUUCCGCAAUUUCAAACAAGUAUACACGGGAUACGUUCAAAGGGAAAUAAAUAAGCCCGAAAUGCCCAUACUUUGGCCAUACUACAACCUUUGCAAGAAAGUAUUCGGCUAUAGAGCCAUAAAAUCGAAAUUGAAAAACGGGAAGAUGGAUUCCGACGACGCAGAAGACUGGUCCGCAAAGGAAAUCAAGCAGUUGAUCAAUUAUUUCUCUAGAAACUUCAGCAAUUUCCAAGAAAAUAUCGAAGCAAGAAGCAAAUGGACAGAAAUAGCCCAAGAAAUCAGUAGGACCGAAACAAGUUGUUGUGAUAAGUUUCUUGAGUUAAGGAAGUCUUAUAGAAAAUUGAAGACGAUGAAAGCCCGUAAUCCAGAUGUCAAAGUCUCCUGGAAAUAUUUUAAUAUGCUCGAUGACAUUUAUAAAUAUGGUGAACAAAACUGUGAAGUUCUGGAAAAUAUGGAAGUUGAUGAGUGCAAUGAUGAUGAUAAUGAAAUAAAGCUGGAAAUGCAGGAAGAUGAUGAUUAUCAAUGUAUCAUUGUUAUACCCGAAGGCGAAGAUAUUAAUAAUACUCAAAUUAUUAUUCAAGAACAAGAACAAGAUAAAGAUCAAGAGGCCACAGAAAUAACAAAUUCAAAGCAGAUCAUAACGAAAUGGAAUAAGCGAAGUAAAAAAAGACUUCUAACCCUUUAUCUAAAUUACCUAAGGGUGCACAAAGGACAGGAGAUUAAUCAAAGAGAAAUGUGGACGGAAAUUGCGUCGAAAUUAGACGAAAAAACGCCCAUUUCAUGCAAGAAAAUGUUCUUAAAACUAAAAAAUCAACACAAGCAACUUAACGAAGCUGACUUCAAACUUCCGUAUAGUGUCCUCUUAGAGAAAAUCCUCACUUUCAAACCUAAAUUUGCCAAAUCAAACAAAAACAAGGAUUUAGAAGAAAUCAAUACUUACGAAGAUAUACCAAUGUCCGAUGAGAAAGUUUACAAUGCUUUAAAUUAUUACUUGCAGAAUCUUGAAGACUUUGUCAGCCCAAAAUUUGAGCAGAAAUAUCUUUGGACGGAACUAGCGAAAUUCAUUUCUGAGCCAGUCAACAAAAUAUUCAGUAAAAUUAACUACUUGAAGCAAACAUUUGACAGUGAAAUAGAUACUCCUUUUAAGGAGAUCUUGCAUGAAAUAUUGACAAAGGAAAAUGCACUCAGAGAGGAAAUAAAUAAGGAUCCUGAUCCAAUAACAGAGGAGGAUAGUGAGCAAACAUGGUCUGAUAUUGAAACUGAGCGACUUCUAACAUGGUACUUAGCCCAUUUGGAUAAGUUUAAGAAUCCGAAGUUCGUUCGAAGUUAUCUAUGGAUGGAGGCGUCCGAUAUAUUGAAGAAGAGUCCACUGGUUUGUUCGAAGAAAAUGUCCGAAAUACGAUCCCAGUAUAGAACAAUGGUUAGAGAAAAUCCAGAGGAAUUAGACAAUUGGAAGUUUUACAAUCUGUGUCAGAGAAUUUAUGGAACUGGGAAGAAGAGCUCGACUAGUAACAAGGGUCUUGAAGAUAUAUAAAAUAGUCUAUUUUGAAUUGAAAUUCAAUCAAUAUUUUGAUAAUAAUGU